AUGAAAGAGGAAGAGGAGGAGACACAGCCCCCCCACGUUAAAGAGGAAGAGGAGGAUCCACAGCCCCCCCAUAUUAAAGAGGAAGAAAAGGAAUACAGCAUCAGUCAGGAGGGAGAGCAUCACAAAAGACUGCAGGAGUUUCCAAGGAUUGGUGUCCCGGUGAAGAGUGAAGAUGAUGAAGACAAAGGCCAAAGUGAGGAGAAGAGAGAAGAGGCGGAGCCUCCAAGCGGCAGCUCAGCUCAACACAUGACAACAGAAGCUGCUGGGGACCACUGUGGAGGAUCACAAGCAGGUGGGCUUUUAGCGCCACUAUCAGAUAGCGAUGAUGUAACGUCACUCUCCCCUGACACCGACGACGACGACUUGAACGCUGAUACGACAUGCCGGACCGACAACACGCGCUGGAAAUGCUUGCAGUGUGGCAAAAUGUUGAGCAGCAAGUCAAAUCUGAUUGUACACAUGAAGACCCACACUGGGGAGAAACCAUUCAUGUGCUCAGUUUGUGGUAAAAGAUUCUCACGGAACGGAAGUUUGACAGUACACACGAGAAUACACACCGGAGAGAAACCUUUUCCCUGUUCAGUGUGUGGUAUCGGUUUUGCACGAACAGAUGAGUUGAAAGUACACAUGAGACUGCACACUGGAGAAAAACCUUUUACCUGUUCCGUGUGUGGAAUAAGUUUGGCACGAAAUAAUGAGUUGAAAAUACACAUGAGAAGGCACACUGGGGAAAAACCUUUUGCCUGUUCAGUGUGCGGUAAAAGAUUUUCCCAAAAUGUACACUUGAAACAACACACAAGAAUCCACACUGGAGAGAAACCUUUUACCUGUUCAGUGUGUGGUGUGGGUGUCGCACGAAAAGAUGAGUUGAAAAUACACAUGAGAAGACACACCGGGGAAAAACCUUUUGCCUGUUCAGUGUGUGGUAAACGAUUUUCACAAAAUGCACAUUUGAAAACACAUACCAGAAUCCACACCGGAGAGAAACCUUUUACCUGUUCAGUGUGUGGCUUAAGCUUCAUACGAAAUGAAUGUUUGAAAAAACACUUGAGGACACACACUGGAGAGAAACCUUUUACCUGCUCUGGCAGCACAUUUACAUGCACUGAAAUAGUCGGAUUACCCAAAUAGCUCAGCACCUGCGCAGCCCGGUCAGGAUGUACCUAGCACAACCAGCUAGUGUGCUGUGCGCACCACGUGGUGUUCUACAGCAGAGACAACGUAACGAAAGCCCACAACAAAGCUGAAUUACUUGUAAAAGAUGGGUAAGCGCCAGUUCAACGACUUGUGGCUCCAGCAUGAAUGAUUUAAUGCAUGGUUGAUGCAAACGUAUUAGCUCACAAUAGAGAAAGCUCUGGUGUAUUAGUUAGGUUAAGCUUUUAGUACAACGAUGUGAAAGCUGUGAAUAAAGUCAUAUACUUUGCGAAUAAUUCCGGGCCUUUGAAUUUGCUUCAUAUCUUCUGUCCUUUUUUGCCAGUCUGGAUGUGAAAUGGAUCUUAAAUCGUACUUUUGAUGGACAUGCGGC